UGAGAAUUUGCUUGGUCAAACCUUCCUUUCCAUGGAUUUGGCCACAACUUCUAUCCCCAAAAAGGUUCGUCGAGGAAGAACCUUUGGACCCUAUAAGGGCGUUCGAAUGAGGACUUGGGGUAAAUGGGUGUCUGAAAUAAGGGUUCCAAAAUCUGGUGAAAGGAUUUGGUUGGGCUCCUAUGAUGCCCCAGAAAAGGCAGCCCGGGCAUAUGACGCUGCACAAUAUUGUAUUCGUGGUGAGCGGGGGAGUUUCAAUUUUCCAGCUGAUAAAAGGCCUGUGCUUCCCCAGGGCUCGAUGGUUUCCUUGUCCAAAAAGGAUAUACAGGAAAUCGCGACAAACUUUGCAUCAUUUGAAUCGAAUAUAUCAACUUCGUGUUCUUCUCUAGUCUCAUCUGCAAUGCCUCAGGUCCCACCGGAUAAUAAUUCAGCUCCACCAAAUAUGCUGGUUUGUAGUGGCAUGGAUGGUGGUGCAUAUGAGUCGAUCGGCAAUUCAUUCGCCUCAACAAGCGUAAUAGGAGCAACCGCCUCUUCUCCCGAAAGUCUAGAAUUGGAUGAUUUCCUCCUGCUGGACACAGAAUGGAUAGAUGAACUUAUUUAG